CUUUACUAAAAAUCAUUAAUCUGAUCCUGAAAAAUACACCAACACAAUAAUGGACUCGUUUUUUUUUUUUUUUUUAAGAUGAAUCCACAUCACUAGAUCACACCAAGUUGUCUCUCCUUGAGUCUCCAACAGUCCCAAUGGCAACACUGGAGGGAGCGUGCCAUGAAAACACGAGUGAGCCUUUCACCUUCACCCCCUCUGCCUCACCGCUCAAGCGUCGACAGGCCGUGCAGAAAUACUCCAAGCAGCUCAUAAAUAAGAUCAAUUCAUCUCGAAUAAUGGCGUAAGUCGACUGGGAGAUAAUCGAUGAUCACCUGCAGCCUAUCAGAGCGAGUGACGCACUCAGUUUGCUUGCCGCUCGAGCUUGUGGCAGCAAAGCCAUCGAAAGCAAGGCAGGCGAUGUGUUGUACGGGGAAGUGCGCCCGUCUGGUGGGCCUGAUCCUGCUGCCUUCGGCCUUCGUCUGCAUGAUCGCCAACCUGCUCCUCUUCUUCCCCGACGGUAAACGCCUGGAAAAUGAUCAGAUCUCCCUGCAGGUGUGGCUGAUGGGGGGUCUCAUUGGAGGAGGCCUCUUUAUGCUGUGCCCGAGCUGCUCUGCUAUCAGGGCCGGGGGCAAGGGUUGCUGCGGAAAGGGUUGCUGCGGCAACCGCUGCCGGAUGUUGAACUCGGUCUUCUCGUCGGCUUUCGGUCUGGUGGGCGCCAUCUACUGCUGCAGCGUGGCCUCGGCCGGCCUGGCCAUCGGACCCAAGUGUCGCGUGGGGGGAGACGUUUGGACGUACCCCUUUGAGGAUCUCGGAACGGGCAGUGAGAGCUACUUGGUGAACCAGACCUUGUGGGACGUGUGCCAGUACCCCAAGAAUGCGGUGAUGUGGCACGUGGUUCUCUUCUCCAUCCUGCUGACGAUGAGCGUGCUGCAACUGGUUCUGUGCGGCGUUCAGGUGGUCAACGGCUGCCUCGGCUGCAUUUGCGGGGACUGUCGCGGGAGCAAGGAGGAUGAAAGCGGGUUGUGAAAUCGGCUGCAGGGAUGCAAGGGAAUCUUCACGCACUGACCAAUUCGGGAUUUCCUUCACUAUAGCUCUUGUUAUAGCAGUGAUACUGCAGCUAAAGCUACUUUGACUCCAUUUUGUGUACAUUUUCAUGGCCACCAUCGAGGCGGGGGCCAAAAUUCGAUACUGGCGAUAUAAUAACUGAGCAAAAAUAUCACAGUCUUAAAAUUACAGCUCUAAAAUUACCUAUUUUUUUAAAAUGACGGGUUAAAUAAAAUGUUCUCAUUGAACACAACCUAUUUUUUUAAACAAAAUCUGAAAUAUUUAGCAUAAGAGAACUGCAUGUUAAGUUCAAAUAAAUGUCAAUAAAUAUUAUUCAUCUUCUGUUUUAA